ACAGCCUGCUUGAAGCGACAACUUCUAAUAAUCUCAUAUUUACCUACAAAUAAUAGAAUGGAAUUUAUAGAACAUGGAAUAGGUAAAGAUGAAGCUAAAGAGAACAUCUAUGCUAAUGUACAUACUCUAAACAUUCAUGAUGUCGAGACAAAAACAGAGAACACCGGGAAACACCAAACACCUCUACACACAGGAAGAGAUUCAGUGAAGAUCAGAAACUACAGGUCAGCUGUAGUGUGUUUGGUUCUUCUGUGUGUUCUUCUGCUGACUGCAGUCAUAGUGCUGUGUGUCACACUCUUUACAAACAACAAACUCACAGAAAAGAUUGACCAGCUACAAACUAACAAGAGCACACUCACAGAAGCGAGAGACCAGCUAAUAGACCAAAACAUGCAGCUGACAAGAGAGAGAGAUGGAUUACUAUCAAGUAACCGUGAUCUGAUUAAGCAAAGAGACCAGUUACAUCACGAGAAAAAUGAACUAUUCGAAAGUAUUCGUCAAAUGGAUGGAUGGAUUUAUUAUCAAUCUAAUUUUUACUACAUUUCAUCUGAGAAGAAGAGCUGGACUGAGAGCAGAAGAUACUGUACAGAGAGAGGAGCAGAUCUGAUCACAAUAAACAACAGAGAGGAACAAGAUUUUGUGAAGAAAAUAUCUCUUAAUGCUAAUGUCUGGAUUGGUCUGACUGACAGUGAUGUGGAGGGCAGGUGGAAAUGGGUUGAUGGCAGCACACUGACCUCUGGGUUCUGGGAUCCUCGAGAACCCAAUGGACAAAGAGCAGAGAACUGUGCUUUGACUUAUUCACCAGGAUGGGCUGAUUAUCCAUGUAGUGAUCUUUUUCUAUGGAUAUGUGAAAAGAGCAUUUUAAAAUAAGUCCUCACAAGAUUAGGAUAAAGGGAUUGAGUGUUUAUUUUUAACUAUGAUAAUUAAAAUAUUUAGUGAAAUGUUAAGUCACAUUUAACCACAGCAGCUGAGCCUCAAAGGUACAAGAAAUUAAAAUCAUCCAGAACAAACAGAACAACAUAAUUUGAACGUAUAGAUUUUUUUCUGUCAAUUUAGUUAUAUGGAUGUCACAUUAAACUUGUAGGCUACAGCUGCCUCAAAAAAAGUUUCACCAAAGUUCAAAAGGUGGUGUACAUUUUUAUGAAUGAGGAAAAAAAGCAUCCUGUUAUAAACGUGAAUGAUGACUGAGCUAAGCAGAGAGCAAUAUACAGAGAUCUUUCAGAUGGGCUGAAUGUUGACUGAGAAGGGUGUUAACGAACUUCCAUCUGUUGUGCAUUAUGCAAAAUGACUGUCAUGGCACUAUAAAAUGAGAACUUUCUGUAUUGUAAAUGCUCAUUUCAAGUGAAAAAAAAAGAAAACUGCUGAGCAUACAUAAAACAACAGUUCACCAAUAAAACACACUUGUGUCAUCAUUUAAUCA